AACCCUAAAGAGGGAGGGAGAGAGAGACCGCUGUUUACCAUCCUCCUGUGCUCGCCUUUUUCUCAUUUUCUGCGGUUUCUGGAGUUUUUCUCCUCUAUCAACUGACAGUAUGAGGCCUCCUAUGAGAGGAGGAGGUGGCUUCGGAGGUCGUCGAGGUGGCUUUGGUGGCCGUGGCGCUCCUAGAGGCGGAGGCAGAUUUGGUGGCAGAGGAGGCGGUGGCGGAUACCGCGAUGAAGGCCCUCCUGAAGAAGUUGUGGAGGUUUCUUCGUUCCUUCAAGCGUGCGAAGGCGAUGCAGUCACGAAGCUCACAAACGAGAAAAUUCCUUAUUUUAAUGCCCCGAUUUAUCUUCAGAACAAGACACAAAUCGGAAAAGUAGACGAGAUUUUCGGUCCCAUCAACGAAGCCUAUUUUUCGAUUAAGAUGAUGGAGGGAAUUAUUGCGACUUCCUAUUCUGUGGGAGAUAAGUUCUACAUUGAUCCAGCAAAGUUGCUGCCUUUGCAGAGAUUUCUUCCCCAGCCAAAGGGACAGCCACAAGCAGGUGGCAGAGGCGGUGGCCGUGGAGGAAGAGGUGGCCCUCGUGGUGGGGGACGUGGAGGUGGAUUUCGUGGCAGGGGUGCUCCAAGGGGUGGCAGGGGUGGCUCUUUUAGAGGUGGUGGUGGACGGGGUUUUGGUGGAAGAGGCCGAGGGAGAUCAUAGAGGACUCGCCAUAAAACCUUGUUCCUCAAGCAUAGUUUUGCUGGUUUUGCGGUUGGUAGGACCUUUACAUGUAGACCUGAAAAAGAGCAAAUUGUUGAAUUCAAAGCAAGUUCAUUUCGUUUUCCCUGUACACUUUCUCAAGAGCUCAGGAAGAUUUGUUGGUCUUUA